UCUGUGGAACGUUGAACAAGGCGAGGAAGUAAAUAUUUAAUGUUUAUAAUACAUGCGUCUUGCAGUGUUCCUCGUUUUGUUGUAACGGUCAUAAACAUUUAUUGUAUUCACAUCAAUGCUGAUAAGCCUAACCUGUGGUUCUAGUGUUCAUACACCUUUAUUGUGAUGGAUACCUACUGGUAGCCUUGUUCAUCCCGGGAUAUACCGUGUGCUUUUAAUAAACGAAUUAAAACAAAAUCAAUCAUCUAUAAGUCUGGUAUUUUCUUUCGUUUAUUUCCAAUCCGAAUCCAAUUAAAAAUACCGGUUAUUGAAAGAAACCACCCGUAUUACGCAGAAACCUUUCGGAAGUUUUCGAAGAAUCAAAAUGGUAUUUACCAGGAUAAUCUCAAAUGCAUCAUUCGUUUGUGGAAUAUAAUGGCUCCAACGCGGAUUUACGUUUUCAAUUUACGAUUGAAAUAUAAUAUCAGACUGGUGAGUUAUUGGCACUAACUGUAAGAUUGAAUUUCACUGAGAAACCUGAAUGUUCCUAGGGUAAGACUGUGGACAAUGCAAGGACGGGCGACCGGUAUGAAUGGCGUGCGGGGCGGCUCUGGGACUGCUUCCGGCCGACUAGGGGUCCCUAAGGUGCCCACGGAUAAAGACGCUCACAACGUCUGUAAAAUUGUGAUUCUUGGACUUCCCGGUGUCGGCAAAACAGCUCUGACUGUCCGAUUUAUGACGAGGCGUUUUAUCGGAGAGUAUUGUCCAACGUUGGAGAGCCUACACCUGUGUCACUGUAACGUGGACGGCGAUGAGACCCGCAUAGAGAUUCUCGACACGGCCGGGCAGAUGAUGGUGGGGUCGGGCUGGGUGUGGAAGGACUACUACGGGUUUUGGGGAGACUGCUUCCUCUUCGUUUACUCUAUUAACGACCGCAACAGCUUCGAGCAGGUCGUCAACUUCAAACGUCACGUGGAGACGUCUAAACUGAAGCCCGUGUGUGGACUUCUGGUAGGAAACAAAUCAGACUUGCUACACGACCGACAGGUGUCGGAAAAUGAGGCGGCGGAAUUGGCAGACGACAUUGGUUGCCGCUUUUACGAGGUAUCCGCUGCAGACUGGACACAGGUUGACAAAAUCGUUGACUUGUUCCAUGAUGCUGUACGUGAGAACCGGAAGUCACGUGGUCUGCGAGACUUGCGCGUUAGACGGCCUAGCUCGACAGUGAGAUUUAGACAAGCCAUACAAAAAGUGAUCACUGGUAAAGCUAGCACGACCAAACGAACAACUCAAUCAUGACCAAUGUGAUAUUUUACAUCAAUUCACUCAUUCACGUUUCAACACUUAUCAUUAAUGUU